AUGUGUAAACGAUUUACUUUUGUUGCGAUAAUUCUGAGCAUUGCAUGUACCACAGCACGUCGAAGAAAGUCUAUCGAAACGGGGCCGGGUCCAGAGUGGAAGAUACGAACGACAACGCCAACCCAGCGCCAGAAACCAGACCAUGUUGGUGGUUCAAAGGAUGAGGGCGUCUCAUCUAGAGAUGAGACAACGACAAAAGCGCCGAGAAAACGGGAUAGAAAGUCGCGACCCAACCAAAGUGCCCCCGAAUGGAUUCCGUCUCACACCCCAACUAAAUAUUAUGCAGGAUAUGCCUGGAGAGAAUCUUAUGAUUCUUGCCUACCCGACAAUGAUGCUAUCACGGAAACAUUCACAAUACCCGUCAGUGGCAGGGCUGAUGCUCCUGAAAGAUGCCUUCAGUUGUGCUUGAAGUCGUCAACGCUAGAAUGUUGGUCAGUAGAUUACCAAAUAGAUGUCAGUCAAGAUGAUAAUACACUGUUAAUAGUGACGUGUAUUCUCUCUGAAGUGUCACGUGUUCGGGAUCCAACUUCAACAAACGUGGAUGUGACCUGUUGUAAAGACUGGAUGCAUUUUGAAAAAGUGCCAGGUUGGAUAUGGAAGGAUAAACCUGGUGUUACAAUCCAAGAUGGAAUGCUGGACAAGAAAUCCAUGUACGCGGAAACGUUUGAAACGUGUAAAGAAGCGUGUGCAGCUGAAACUGACUUCAUCUGUAUGUCUGUCGAAUGGAAGAGUGCACUGGGGGAGGCAGCUAAUUCGAAUACAACCCAAAAUGCGUCAAAUGAGUUAGCAACUCCUUUUCAGAGGAACUGCCAUCUUCAAGCUAGGUGGAGCAGUUAUCCAAAACAAAUGCUUUCGAUUGACAACGGGAAUUCUUACGCGGAAAAGGCAGUAGAGUCAUCGACGGGUUGGGCUUGGACUUCAGUACAAGACGCUUGUAUCAGUGGGCAUGAUAAUAAAAUUAUUGGCGGAGUUCCAAAUUUCGAAGACUGCAGAGCCCGUUGUCGUAACGAGUUGGAUUUUGUUUGCCGAUCUGUGGAAUACAAAGAUGGGACAUGUCGCCUGUCGCUGGCAGAUUCCUCAGAUACGUUCCAUUACCAGCAGCCAUGUGGAACCGCUGGCACGGAGUACAGUCAGAAGAACCUCUAAAUGAGAUCAAUACUACAUAUUCCUAAAACAAUAUGAGACUUGUUUGUAAAUAUUUUUGUUAAAUAAAUACACUUCUACUUUAU